AUGGUAAUUAUUUGUUCACUUUCUGAGCACUCACUGCUAGUGUCACUUGUUGACCCUUCUCUCUCACUCUUUACUCCAUUUCUUUAUCUAUCACCUUCUCACCCACUUAUUAUUCUUCCUCUCUCUAAAUAUUUAGAUGUUUUUUUUUCUUUCAUUUCCUUUAGGCUGUCUUUCUUUCAGUCGUUCACAUUAACUUAUCUUUGUCUCUCUUUCCGUUUGACCUUCUCUCUCCUUUUAUUUAACCCUGCCUUUUUUUUUAUCUACUCCUCUGUUUCUUUACUAUUUCCUUCACGCUUUCAUCCAUGCCCCCCCCCCCCUGUGUCUCCUUCUUCUUUCCUUAUAUUCUCAUCACGGCAUUUCUUUCCCAUUGUCUUUCUUCCCAAUUUUAUUUCAUUUCUCUUCAGUUGGUUUCAUUUUCCAUUUCCCGAUCUUUUUCAAUGCAUCUUCUUUCUUUUCAAAUCUUCUCUUUCCGUCAUCCUCUUGUUUUUCACGGUCACUCUCCCUCCCUCCCUCCCUCCCCCUCUCUCUCUCUUUCUCUCUCUCUCUCACUCUCUCUCUCUGUCGGUCUGUCUGUCUGUCUGUCUGUUAUUCAUUUUCUCUCUUUCACUUUUGGCCAAUCCUACAUCGUACUCUUUCUCACUCUUAUCGUUUCUCCCUUCUCUCCGUUAUUCUAUUCCUUUCUUUCAUUUUUCGCCAAUUCUGCAUCUAUCUAUCUAUCUAUCUAUCUAUCUAUCUAUCUAUCUAUCUAUCUAUCUAUCUUUUCACCCCUCUUGUGUUUUUCUGUCUAACUCUCUAUAUAUACGUUUCUCUUUUAUAUCAACCAGUUUCUCUCGUCUCUCCAUUAUUCAAUUCCUUUCUUUCAUUUUUCGCCCUUUCUGCAUCUUAUUCUCUCUCUUUCUCUCUCUCUCUCUCUCUCUCUCUCUCUCUCUCUCUCUCUCUCUCUCUUGUGUCUGUCUGUCUAUUUCUCUCCGUAUAUACGAUUCUCUUUAUAUCUUUCAGGUUCUCACUUAUCUCCGCUAUUCACUUUCUCUCUUUCAUUUUUCGCCCUUUCUGCAUCUCACUCUCUCUCUCUCUCUCUCUCUCUCUCUCUCUCUCUCCCUCUCUCUCUCUUGUGUCUGUCUAUUUCUCUCCGUAUAUACGUUUCUCUCUUAUAUCUUUCAGGUUCUCACUUAUCUCCGCUAUUCACUUUCUCUCUUUCAUUUUUCGCCCUUUCUGCAUCUUACUCUCUCUCUCUCUUUCUCUCUCUAUCUUCCUUUCUUUCUCUCUCUCUCUCUCUCCCCAUCUCUCUCCAUUCAUAUUUAA